UCAAGGGCGCCGGGGGGGGCAGCUCGCCUGCGCAGACACUGACGUCGGGCUCUCGGGAGCGGGGGGCGUAGCUCGCCUGCACAGACCCUGACGUCGUGCUUACACGGGAGGGGCGCAGCUGCAGCUAGCGGCCGCAGAGGGGUGCGAGCGGACCCCGCGGCGGGUCCAGCAUCGGGCGGGUUCCGCGGCAGCCUGACCGAUACCCCAGCGCUGGGCGAAGCCGCAGGCCGGCGCAUGGGAUCGGCUGCUGAAGGACAAUGCACUGGGGUGUUGGUCUCGCCGCCUCCAGGUCGUGUGUAGUUGAUCUGGGCCGGAAUCAGAGCUUCUCCUUGGGAUUCGGUGGAGCCGAUGAGCAGUACACGUUUUAUGGGUGCAUCAUCGCCUUCCCUCUGCAGGAACACGGCGGGAUGAUGGCGGGGCUGGGCUCCGACUCCUGGUGGAGGAAGACGCUGUAUGUGACCGGCGGCGCCUUGCUCGCCGCGGCCGCGUACCUGCUGCAUGAGUUACUGGCGAUCCGGAAGGAGCAGGAGUUGGAUUCCAAAGAUGCCAUCAUCUUGCACCAAUUCUCCAGGCCAAAAAGUGGAGCCCCUAGUCUUUCACCUUUCUGUCUGAAGAUGGAAACCUACCUGCGUAUGGUGGACCUGCCUUAUCAGAAUUACUUUGAUGGGAAGCUGUCCCCUCAAGGCCAGAUGCCUUGGAUUGAGUACAACCAUGAACAGGUGUCAGGAACGGAGUUCAUCAUCGACUUCCUGGAGGAGAAGCUGGGCGUGGACCUUAACAAGAGCUUGAACCCCCAGGAGAGGGCCGUGUCCCGUGCCAUCUCCAAGAUGGUGGAGGAGCACUUCUACUGGACCAUCGCAUACUGCCAGUGGGUGGACAACCUGGAAGAGACUCAGAAAAUGCUGGCAGUUACUGGGCCGCUAAGUGACCUCCUGAAGUGGAUCUUGAGUCACCUGACUGGUGGCAUCGUGAGGCGGGAGAUGUAUGGCCAUGGUAUUGGACGCUUCUCUAAGGAGGAGGUCUACACCCUGAUGGAGAAGGACAUGCGGACGCUGGCCACACUUCUGGGAGAUAAAAAGUACAUCAUGGGACCAAAACUGUCAACGCUAGACGCCACUGUGUUCGGCCACCUCGCUCAGGCCAUGUGGACACUUCCCGGCACACGGCCAGAACAGCUCAUUAAAGGCGAGCUUAUUAACCUGGCCAUGUACUGCGAGCGGAUCCGUCGGAAGUUCUGGCCCGAGUGGUACGUGGACAUUGACGACUUCUAUUACGACGGCUCGAGCGAAUCCAGCCCCUCACCGUCCAGACUGCUGGAUUUUAGCCUGUACUCCCGGACCGAGACCUUCGGGGAGGAAGUGUCCGGGAACAGCUUACUCGACUCGCACUCACCCGACACGGACGGCACCGGCCACUCGCUCUUCGACUCUGAGCUGGACUCAGAGGUUUCUGACCACGAGGCGCUGAAAUGUUAACCCUGGGCUGGGACUAGACGGGCCACUGGCCUCUUGAAGCCUGAAGUUCUCUCCAAAGCCCGGAUGGUGUUGGUGACGGUGCUGACUCGCCGUCCCCUGGGUGGACCCAGCGCAUGGACAGCUUCAGCCGCGUGGAGGCGCGUCCUCACAGCACGUCCCAGACGCUGCAUGCCUACCCCGCCAGGUUUUAGAUCGCUGCUAAUGGGAAAGUGUACAUACAUGUAGCGUGGACCUCAUAGAAGAAGAAGAGCUGAAACGUCACAAACAGAGGAAGGGAGGUCCAGAGAUCCCGCCGUGGCUGACCCUACGGGCGAAUUGUGGGAGUUUUACAAAAACGUUCUGAGGGCAGAAGGAAAAAUGAUUGGUUCAGAGAGACAGAUAAUAGAGGAGGUGUGCCCAAGACAUCUGAUUGGUUGGUCCUGCCUCUUCUAGUUGCUUGGACCCACCUCCUCUACACUCUGACUGGUUAUUUCUCUGAACCAGUCAUUUUUCCAUCAAGUGAAACUCCCAGGAGCUCCAAGGUCCCCCCUCCCCCCACGGAACUGUGUUCCUCAGUAACCCUGCUCAUCAUUGCAUCGUUACGCAUGCUCAGAUUUCACAUUUGUGUGAUACGUAGAUUUCCUUUAAACUCUACUCGCCCUACUAGGGUUUCUAGAGCUUUCUAUAGUGUCGGCACACUGUCAGAAUGAUCUGAUGCUUUGGUUCGGGCGUUGGGUCAGACAUACCUCACUGGUGCAGGGCCCAGUCAAAUCUGGACCCGCUGGCACAGCUGCCUUCCUGAACCACGCAGUCGGCAUUCUGCCAGAACCAGCGGCAUCGUGGGUGGGCCGGGAGCGUUGCUGUAUGUCUGUCACGUUUGCUGUUCCCAGUGCGUGAUGUGGCCCCUCCCCUGGCUGCUCUGCGUGUGCGUGUCUGUCUGUAUCUGCGUGUGCGUGCACACCCCCUCUUUGCAUGUCUUCACACAACCCUGUACGUCUUCAGAAAUCCUGAAUCUCCUACUAAGAUACAGCAAACUAAUGAUUUAUUCAUUAUUUCAUUGUAUUUUCACACCUUAUUUGAUCUCUGGGAAAAAAAAAAAAUAAGAACGUGAGCUUAUGAUUUUUACACCAAAUAACUUGCAUUUCUGCUGAAAAUGUGCCCGGCGGAGUAAGAACAUUUACGAGUCUCUCAGGUAGAUGGGAAAAUGCUGGUCAGUUAGGAUGCUAUGUUUAUAAACACAUGGCAAACCUUUAACGGGGACAAACCCAGCAGCGCCCCCUGGGGGCAGUGCUCACACCUGCUCCUCAAGGGUGAAGACUGAAGUGUAUCUCUCUCUUUCUGUGCAAGAAAUCACAUUCCUCCUGUAACUGGAUUUUAUUUUAAACCACAGAGUGGUGUUUUUCUUCUGACAGACUCUGUCGAUUCCCAUGCCACUUGAGUACAUCAUCAUGUCCAUCAUUGACCCUUGGCUGUUUCUCCUGUAAAUUUAGCGUGAUCUGUGUAAGAUGUUAUAGCAUUGUGACGAUAUUCAUUGUAAACCUGACUACCUGCCCCAACCACAAUGCUCUCGCGAUGAAAACUGAAGGAUUCUGAGUAAAGAUAUCUGACUGUGUCAUCUGUACAGUUACCAUGUGUGGGCGGCAGAGUACCGAUCUCGAAUCUCAAAGAGCCUGUGGUCUGGGCAGCAGGUGGUGUUUUGGUUGGGGGUUUCGACUGGAAUUCAGGGACACCCCCUCCCCCCCCCCCCCC